GACCAUUUCACCAACAGCCGAAAUGUCGCCAGUCGCCUUUCCCUUCCACGCCAGCUCGGCCUUUUGCCAAACUAGCUGACUUCAUUAGAUUAUGAAGCCUUAUUAGUUGUCCUGCGACUUCUUGAGUGGUUUUCAGAAUUACGGCCGUUCGAUCAUCCUGGGCAUAGGAAUGCAUCCAUUGAACUGGUAUAGCAGGAUAGUGUUGACUGGGAAGCGAUUCCACGGUUCUCUUCUGUGGCGGGAGGUCUGCCGAGUGGGGCAACCCCUGUUCAACGGCGUCCUCUUCAGUCCUAAGCAAUGUCUUCGCUCGAGAGGAGGUACCUCGACCCCUGGGAUAUCGAGAACUACAUCUACCUAAGAAAAGGGCCGGCCAGAAGAAGGAGCGUAUGCUUUGACAAAGCCGUUCAGUAUGCUUCUUACCAAGAGGACGGAUUCGGCCCAAUUUACGGAAGUCUAAUCGAAGUAGGUCUCAAGUCGGCGAACGAACAUCCCGAAGAGAAGACGCUCAUUUAUAACAGCCUACCGCCGCCGUCCCUCUGCCCUUCGUGUCAUAGGGGCUUAGAUGAUGACACGAACAUCGAAGAUGGGCUUUACGAAGACCUGAAGUCUGGUCUUGAGAUUAAGCGGCCCCAGUUCUACCGGCUAGGGAGAACCAACAGGAGAGAUCCAGAAAAGAAAUUCGAGUCAAGAAGAAGGAAGUAUGCGACACAAGAGAGCAGGUUUGGCAUGAACACAUUAGGACAUUUACGAAUAGACUAUUCUGGCAACUGGAACAAGCUGGACAGAUACAUCGGACAACACGUAUAAACCAGACGUUUCAUCCCUCCCAUUUCCAUCCAGUCGUUUAAUCUUGUUUUAUAAUUGAUAACUACCUUGUUAUUUUUAACAAAUGGAAAAAAAAAUACAGAAGUUCUGUGUAGCAAUAUAUUUCUUCUAAACAAUUAAUGAUUAUGCCAUAACUAGUAAUUAAAGAUAGAAAUAUAAAAAUGUCCUUCUGAAAAACUGUAAAUACUUUUAACAAAAAGCAAAAAAAUCACAAGCCCCUCUUAUUUAUAUAUAUUUAGUCUAUGUAUAUAAGUAAUGAGGAGGCAGUACAAGAAAUGUGUUUAAGCCAAAUAAAUUUGUAUCCUCCUUCGCACAUUUCUUGUCAAUUGUAUAUUUUUUGAUUUUGGGAAUCAAUCUACUGGGUAGAGGUCAAAGCUAUCUUAUCUUAGAUUGGGUCCAAACCAACCGAUAUGUCCAUUGUUAAAUAUUAAAUAUAUUUAUGUAGAAAAUACUUUUGUUAUUU